AUGCACGGUUCAUCGAGUAGUUUUGAUUCGCAAAAAAAGAAUAAUAAAAAUAAUUCAAAAAAAAUUACGGCAUUUCCUAAAGAAAUAAGAAUUUAUGGUCAGUUUCAUAAACUUCAAAUAAGCAAGAAUGAUAAAACCUCUGAUAUCGAUAUUGAUGAUUCAAAAUUAUCUAAAUUGGAUUUCGGUACUGAUAAAAAUGUUAAUAAAAAGGAUUACGUAAUCGUUCCAGUAAAUAAAAAAGAUUCCACCGUUAAAUUUAUUAAACUUCCCAUAUACAAAUUGAAAAAUCAUCCGAAAUCAGAAAAAGCUGAUAAUAUUCGUUGUAAGAAAACAAGUUUGCAAGAUGGAAUUUCAACAACUGAAAUUUUACCAUCGUGGGUCGCAAAAAAUGAUAAAUUUAAAAAUCAACAAAAGAUAAAUGAUAAAAAACCAACUUGUUUUGUUUUUCGACAGUCUCUGGCCAAAGAACCAAUAAUUCGGUAUCAUAUUGUGACACUGGUACUCAGGUUGACGAUGGUAUUAUACCUACAAUGA